CAGCAGCGAGUACUACCUGGUUAUAGUGUCAGUGUGUUACAGUAACCAGUGCAAUGAAGAGUGCCGGGUACCAUUUACAUAUAACGGUCGUACAUCUUUCGGUUUUGGUUUUGUUUCAAGUUUAUGAUGCAGCUGCUCAAAACUGCGAUCUCACCGGCAUCCUCCUCUACGAAGACAUGGGAUGCAGGCCGUAUUACGAUAAGCCUCAAACCCAUACACUUAGCUCGUGUCCCUCAAAAUACGAUUGUUUAGGCCUGAAAAAAUCAACUACAAACUGUUUUUUCAAAGGCAAAGCCUAUAAACUCAACGACUGGAUAGAUUCUAAACUGACCGCGGGACACUGUGAUUUGGGUUGUUCUUGCCAAAAAAAUGAAGACAGGACCAAAUUCAAAUGCGCCACAGUGGAUUGCCCGGAAUGGUCAGUUUUGGAACCGCCUACAGGGUGUUAUAGGAAAUAUUCGUUGGACGAUUGCUGUUAUAUUAGAGAAAUGUGUCCUCCCUAUGAAAAUUCUACAACAUGCGUAUACGAUGGCAGAGUUUACAAGGAAGGUGAAAAUUUCUUACCAAAAAACUCUUGUUGGAGGUGCGUCUGUCAAGCAGGAUUUAGAGGAAAACUUGAAAAACCUUUCUGCAGAAGACGUUCGUGCGGUGUACAAGUGAAAAACCAGGAAAAGUUGCAGGAAAGAUGCGCUCCGUUGUAUUAUAAAAGAAAAUAUAGGGAAAGUGAUCCUUUGUGUUGCCCCACAAAUUGGAUUUGCAGUGAAGGCAAUGAGAAAAUAGUCGGACGACCAACAUCAGAGAAAAUGUGUCUUUUCGGACAAAGACUGGUGCGAGUGGGACAGAAAUUUGAGAAAACUAUCGAAGCUCCCAGAAAUAUGAACGUAACUUGUGAAUGUAAAAUUCCGCCCCUAUUGACUUGUGUAACCUAUGUGAUAUAAUUUAUUGUUAAUUUGUAUUUAUUUUUUGAAAUGCUUUAUUAGUUUAUAUUAAUUUAUUUUAUCAAUAAUAAAUAUGGAAAAUUAUUUAGUAGUUUUUGUCGUACCUAUAUGUAUUUUCUUAUUUAUUACAAAAAAUAAAACUACACUAAUUUUAUGAGUCACAGAUGUAUAAUAACCCAGCCAGCACGUUAC